AUGGCCAAUCAGAUACAUUGGACAGUACAGCAAAACGCGGCCAAAUCAAACACCGCGUGCCACAGCCUGCACCUGCCUGCCCUGUCCUUGCCGCCUGCUGCCUGCACUGCCCCUGCGUGCCCACACAGCUCUCAUGACUCAUAUGAUACGGGUAAAUGCCGUGCUGAGACAGCGGACCUGACUCUCGACAGUGUUCACUUUAUAAUCGUCAGAAUGUGCCAAGCGACCUCGGGUGUUACAGCAUCCUUUGUGCCCCGGUACCCGAGUCCCCCGCUCCCGCAGUGGGCGCAGCGCCCCGGGUGCCACAGUGCCCACACCAACUAUCCCGCCGAUGCCUUGGACCCGCCUCAUGGCGGAAACACAUGGAGUUCGGUCACGGGUCGCGUGGUCAGCCUCGAGAACACAUCCCUGCUUCAGUUCACGGAGAUCGAGAGACUGACACUCCAACAGCUGGCCAUCGCGAAGCUCCAGGCUCUCAACCUCGGCUGCCAGAUACGCGUUCCGAGAGAGUGUGCUGACGACAGGCUGAGAGGCAACGAGAUCGUACCGGACUCCAGCAAGUUGGAGCAAUCGAAUGCCAGCGCCCAGAAGAAGAGGCGACCGUACCUGCUUAAGAGGAAGGCUCUCACCACCGGCUUCUUCGAUUCCAAGAAGGAAGAGGCUAAGGAUGGCGUGGCCAGCGGACAGGUGUUUGGCCUGUCCCUCAGCAAGUGCCUGGAAAACGAGAGGAGCCGCAUCAGGGAGGCAGCGGAGCGGGCAGCGGCGGCGGCGGCAGCUGCAGCAGCAACACCAGUUUCGAGUGUAGGAGAGGAUGGAGACGCCCCUUUGAGUCGGAAGUCCUCGCACGCUGGCUCUCAGGCUUCGUUCUCGUCCCUUAUCGAAGGAACAAAACAGUCAACCACUGGUUCGUUGGAGAGCCUGAAUUUGGAGCGGAAGCGGCCGAGCCUAGUGGGAGGUGACCUGCUUCCCCCUGGGACAACCAUGCCAGAUCUCCUCACAGUGGAACCCAGUCCUCAAAUUCCCAGCCUCGUCAACAAGUGCUUGAAACACCUCGAGACGAAUGGCAUGCACACUCUUGGCAUUUUCAGGGUGUCCUCCUCCAAAAAGCGGGUUCGACAAUUGCGGGAGGAAUUUGAUACCGGACAAGAGGUGUGGCUAAAUGAGGAAUGCUGUCCACAUGAUGUGGCUACACUCCUCAAAGAAUUCUUCAGGGACCUUCCAGAACCACUACUGACCCGAGAAUUAUAUGAACCCUUAAUAAAAACACAGAAAAUCCGUAACCGCAAGCUACAGUUUGAGGCUUUGCAACACCUAAUUCAGCUCCUUCCAGUACCCAACCGAGACACCCUUUACUCGCUUCUCAAUUUCUUGGCUACAGUUGCUGAGAACUCAGUUGACCAUCACACAAACACGGGUGAGACUUUACAAGGGAACAAGAUGGACAGCAGUAACUUGGCUACACUCUUCGCCCCUAAUAUCCUACAUACGGUGAAGCCAGGAACAGAAACCAUGUCUACAUCAGACAUGGCAACCCAUGCAGAGGAGCGGAUAGAUGUUAUAAAUGUAAUCAGAAGUAUGAUUGACCACAACAAAGAGCUGUUCCAGGUUUCAUCAGAGCUCCUUGAUGAGACCUACCAGCACCUGAUGGAUACUCAUCCGGAGGCAUUGGACCUUCUGCUGCGCCGUCGCUGCACAGGACCAGAUGAUCGUGGUCAGCACCUACAGGAGCUGUUAGCAAGCUUAUUGGCACCUCAUCGGCCUCAGAGCUGUCCCUCCACUGUGUUGGAUCUUGAUGUGGAGACCAGUAGCAGUGUGUUCGAAGGCAGCGAGUGCUCCUCUUCCUUGCCGCGCUCCCCCACUGACCUAACUCACCACCACGACUUUGAUCGGUUACGCAUGAGCUUAGAGGAGGGUGAGGGGAUGCGUAUGCUGCGAAGGGAGGAGGUCGUCCAUGAAGGUGCAGCAGUAGCUCCCAUGCAACAGUCAGGCAGAAGAAGAUAUCCAGAUGAGGAAGAAGAUGGCCGUGGGCGACGACGAGACAAAGGAGCAGAUGUCCCAGUUUCAUCAGCGAGUGAAGAGCGAGGUUGGUUUAGGAAACGCGAAAAGAGUUCCUCUCGAGAACUAGAUAGAACUAGUGAAGAGAGGCAGCCGGAAAAAUCCCGAUGGUUCAGGAAGAGAGACAAGAGUUCAUCUCGG